ACGACGGGCGUGAUGGUUGGUGGCUCGUCAAGGCUGUGAUGCAACCUCCCCCGCCCAAGAAAAGUAAAAGAUUACUAAACUCCCUCUCAGCCAAUUAUAGUUUAUCCCUGGAGUCCUUUUAAUCUCUCCUCCUCACCUCCCUCUCUUACCUCAACAUUGUUUCCUGGGUUCUCCAAGGGAAGGGGAGAGAGAGAAAGACAGAGAUUUGGGGGCGGGAGGUCUUUGAUGAACCGAGGAGGGCUUGCCCCUGCCACUUCGUGUUCAUCUCAAUCUUCCUCUCCUCCAACCCUCUCUUCCGGAUCUCCAUUCUGCAGCUUGCUUUUUGAGCCCUUGUUGGGUCUGUGUCAGGUCUGCAGUUCUGGUGUUGGUUGCACCUAAUCUCGCCCAUUCCCCGACUGCGCACCCCUUGUCUUCUUCAAUCUCUCGUCUCCUCAUCAGUUCUCUUGUUCUCAGGCUCUGGCUCUGAGCUUUCUCUCUCUUGGAUUUCCAUUUUUGUUUCGUUAGAGGCUUGAUUCGAGGAAAGGUGCUGCGAAAGUAGGAGGCUGGUGUCACCCUCCAAAAUCAUAUCUUGUUGCUUGGGGUUGCCGACUGGAAGAACCCCAACUCGAGUGGGUUUCGUUGCGUCAGCACUACACACAGCAUCAGGAUCAUUCCCGGUGCAGGAAUUGCUAUCGAACCAUUGCUUUCGAAGCAACUUGGAAUUUCAUAUUAUUCUUCGAUUUUCCCGUGGAGAACCCAAUCAACCGCCUGAAAAAUCUCUGCUUUGCUUCUUUUUUUCCUCUUGGUACAAAUUUCUUCCUUGUAUAAUUCUUCCCCUCCGUCCAACCCCUCUUCGAGUCUCUUCCUCUGCGGUCCCUGCUGACGUCUUUCCUGGUUCAUUCGUCUUGAGAUUUAGUGUCGGAUCGUCCACGAUGUCUCCGAGGAACCGAUUCGUCCACAGGGUGGAGAAUGUAGAGGAGUCGGAGGAGAUGUCGGUCUUGGAUUUGCCGGAGUUGACCUUGGAGUGCAUCCUCGGGAAGUUGUCGCCGACGGGAUUGUCUAACAUGGCAGCUGUUUGUAGCUCUCUGAGGGAGAGAUGCAGGAGCGAUCAUCUCUGGGAGAAGCAUAUGAAAGAGAAAUGGGGGAGAUUGAUAGGCCAUGCGGCACGCAGAGAGUGGAAGCAGUACUUAUCUUCGACAAAGGAUUCUUCGCCUGCUGAUAUCACCAGCAGCAACAGAAGCAAGAAGUGGAUUGGGGUGCUCUCUUGUGUCUGGCCUUUUUCUUGGCUCAAGUCUAGGAUCGACGGCAGUUACAAGCUGAAGAGUCCAUUGCCCGAUGACUCUGUUAUGUCUUGGUAUCAGUCACUCGAGAGUGGCAAAUUCUGGUUCCCAUCUCAGAUUUACAACCGUGAGCAUGGGCAUGUGGGGUUUAUGUUAUCGUGCUAUGAUGCGGAAGUUAGGUAUGAUAGCCACACGGAUACUUUUCAUGCAAGGUACCCACCACAUGGACGACGAGCUAUAGUCAUAGAGGAGGGCGUGCAAUGGGAUAGACUAAGAGCACCCCCGAUCAGUACUCCUGCUCAUGAACUUCAUAUCUCAGACUGCUUGAGUGAUUUACGCCCUGGUGAUCAUAUUGAGAUUCAGUGGAGAAGAAACAAGGAGUUUCCGUAUGGCUGGUGGUACGGAGUAAUAGGUCACUUGGAAUCUUGCGAUGGAAGUGAGCAUUUCUGCCAUUGUCAUCUUAGUGAUACUGUUGUCUUGGAAUUCAACCAGUACACGCCUGGCUCAAGGUGGAGACGCUCAUUGAUUAAUCGGAAGGAUCACAGGGAAGAAGGUAGCGAAACAGAUGGAUUUUAUGGGGGAAUCAGAAAACUCCAGAGCAAGGAUGAAAUCUCUAAGUGGAGACAGCUUUGGCCAACAGAUAUUUUGGAAUAGAGUUUAUUCCUAGUCCAUCUGUGCCCACUCCUUGAUCCCUAAAACAUAAUCAAGGACAUUAACCCUUUCUGCUACAGGCCUCUCAGCUGCUUGGAACUCGUUGUGUCAAAAAUUAUUACCUGCACUGUCUAUGGGUGGUGCAUGUGGCUCGGAAUCAGAAGACAUGAACUCGGAGGCAUGUAGCUGAAAAAUGAUGCGAUGCAGUACACAUCAUGAUCUUUUUUAUUUGGCUGUUGGCAAAGCAGAGCUAAUUCAUGGCUCAGCAGAUUACAUAAUGUAAUGUUGAACACACGCAGCUCAAUGUAAAUUACAUUUUGAACUUCUCA